AUGAGGCCCAGAUUCAUUAGGCCUGUCAAAUUUAUAAAGACACGGCAUAGCAACUGCCUUAGAUCAUGGCUUCUCGGGCCACCUGCGAUGACGACUGGUAACAAACUGGUAAAGUUGCUUGAGGAUAUCAUGGAUGACAUCAGAAUACUAAUAUUCAUGGAUACUAAGAAAGGAUGUGAUCAGAUCACUCGACAGCUCCGCAUGAAUGGUUGGCCUGCUCUCUCAAUUCAUGGAGACAAAAGUCAAGUAGAAAGGGAUUGGGUCCUCUCUAAGUUUAAAGCUAAUGACUGCAACAGAUGUUGCUGCUCAUGGUCUAGGUAUGGAAAUAAUUUCUUUUGA